AUGACCCCAAAUUAUCUCGGGAUUGCCCCAUGUCCGGUCUCAGGUAAAUUCGAGCCUCAUCCAGCAGCAGGAUUCAACAUGGGCUACCUCAUGGCACCUUACCCCUACCCCAACGGAGGAGCGCAUCCCUUGCCUGUAUCCAUGGACCUGCAAGACAUGGUAAUCACGAACUGGAAGGAAAAAGAAGUAAUGUCUGGAAGUUCUUGUUCGACAAGUUUAAGCGCCUAA